AUGGUAGGCAGUGAUGGUGAGGUGUUGAAGGACAAACAUGAUGGCUGUAUAAGGACUCAGAAUAAUUCAAUGGUCAAUUCCUCUAUUGUUGCUAAGAGAUGGAAACAGCAAAUUAGAGGAAAUAUGGAAUGGAAAACUAAUUCAUUUUUAGAAAAAGUCCUAACUGAUGACCAUUACAUUCUGAGUAAGAAGCAAGCAUGGAGGGCUUUAGUGAAAGCAAAAGGUGAAAUUAAACAUGAAGCAGAAGAUUACUUCAAUAAGAUUUGGAGCUAUGUCUUGGAAAUAAAAACAACAAAUCCAAACUGUACUUGUGAAGUGAAGUUGAGUGACCUUAAAGAAAAUGGAAAAGAGAGAUUUUUGAGGAUGUAUAUCUGUUGGGAAGCUACAAGGGAAGGAUUUAAGCACUGCAGGAAAAUCAUUGGCCUAGAUCGGUGUCACUUGAAGUGUAAAACUGGAGGAGUAUUGUUGACAGCAGUUGGAAUAGAUGCAAAUGAAAGUUUAUUCCCAAUUGCCUAUGCAGUUGUAGAAGGUGAGAACAAAGACUCUUGGACUUGGUUUCUACAGUUUCUAAAGAAAGACUUGAAGCUUGGUCCCUUAGUACAAAGUCAGUACACUCUAAUGUCAAACAAGCAAAAGGGUCUCAUACAAGCUUGUGAAAGUACCUUACAAGGAGUUACGCAUAGAUUUUGUGUUAGACACUUGCACAAUAACAUGAGGGUGGCUGGUUUCACUGCCAAUGCUAUAAAGGAUGCCUUGUGGAAAGCAGCAAGAGCCACUACUGUGAAUAACUUUUCAACAGCACUACUUGAAUUAAGAAAAUUGGAUGAAAAUGCUUAUGUUUGGCUUGGUGAUAAGCACCCAUCUGAGUGGUCAAGAUCCCAUUUCAAUACAGCUGCCAAUUGUGACAUCCUAGUGAAUAACAUCUCAGAAUCAUUCAAUGCAAUGAUCUUGACAGCAAGGGAAAGUCCUGUUAUUAAUUGCUUGGAGAUAAUUAGGAAAAAGAUCAUGCUAAGGCUAUUUGAGUCAAGGACUGAAGCUGAUGAAUGGACUGGAGUACUCUGUCCAAGUAUUGUGAAAAAAAUUGAUGACAUUGAGAUAGCUGCAGGUGGAAUGAUUUGCUAUCAGUGUGCUCCCAUGUUGUUUGAGAUAGUUGGGACACAUUCUGGGCAGUAUACUGUUGAUCUAGGUAGAAGAUCUUGUUCCUGUAGGAGAUGGGACCUAACUGGAAUCCCUUGCCCCCAUGCUGUGUGUGCAAUAUGGAAGAAAAAUGGGAAAGGACCUAUUUGGCAUUAUGUGGAUCCUUGCUACUCUAUAUCCACUUACUGCCAAACAUAUGAUGGGUGUAUAAAACCAAUGUCUGGUCAUGAAGAGUGGCCUGCAACAAGUAGACCACCUCCUUUGCCACCACUGUAUACUGCAAGGGUUGGAAGGCUUAGAAGGUUGAGGAUGAAGUCUGCUGGAGAGAUAAGCAAAUGUGGGCAGUAUUUGUCUAGGAGCCUUGUUACUUUACAUUGCACCAAAUGCAAAGAAUUGGGUCAUAACCAAAGAAAGUGUCCAAAAUACCCAGUUGCCAGGCCUGCCAAUCAGGUUAAAAGAAGAAAAUCAAGUGUUAGGUCAACAAAAGGAGUACAAGUUGCUGCUCAGCCUGAAGUCCAUGAUGCAGAUGCAGCUCAGCCUGAAGUCCAUGAUGCUGCUCAGCCUGAAGUCCAACCUGAUGUAAUUACUCAACCUGAAAUUCAAGAGACUCAAUGGGAGAUUCCAGAUGAGAUAUUGGAUGAGCAAUGGCACCAAAUCCAAAUUGAGGCAGAGGAGAUUGUUAGAGGACCUUCACUAAGUUCCAGUCUGUCCAUUCCAGUCACUGUUGUGGGAGAUUCAAUGCAAGCAAAUGUGCCUUAUCAACAACACAAGAAGACUGAUGGAAACCACCAAGUAACGGGAAAAAGAAAAGGUUAA